AUGGAACCAGAUCGAACGACGGAUUCUCCGGAGACGACAGGCUUGUUGAAUCAGCCCUCCGCCGUUUAUUCGACGCCCUUGGAGUCAAGAAAUCUCUGGUCUCCCUUCUGUCUCCGGCGCCUCGCCCUUUCCCUGUUUGCCUGUGUCUAUCUGAAAGUAGCGAUUGCACUUUCAUUACUGGCCUGGUACUCAUCGAAACAUCAAGGAAUCUGUCGAGUACAUCCUACGGAUCAUUACUUCUGGCAGUACGCUCCAACCGCAGCGUUUACUCUGAUGUCCACGUUGUGGGCUCAAGUUGAUUACCGCGCCAGGCUCAUGAUGCCUUGGAUACUGAUGGCACACGAAGCACAGAUCGCAGAUAGAAGCGUCCUUUUAGACUACAUAUCGCCGAACAUCGUCACUGCUCUUGCCAAAUCAGUCAAAGGACAGGAUUUUCAAGUCGCACUGGCGCUAUCCGGCACAUUGCUCAACAAACUGUUGAUAAUCGUAUCAACUGGUCUUUUCACAUAUGCCAGUGUCAAUGUCACUCUCGCUCCCACGGCGACAGAGGGCGGCAGGACUUUUUCAAGCUCGGGAUUCAACACAUCAUUGAUCCGCCAACUACCGGUGGCGCGAGUAUUUGGAAUUGAGAGUUUGAACAUGAGCUACCCUUUUGGCACGACUGAGCUCUACGCGAGUGAAAUUCCACCAUCUCGCACCGGCAAUUCUACUGUGGACAAUUCUGCGCAGGUAAACAUCUUCAGCGCGUACGCAGAUUGCGAGAUUGCGCAUCUCCUGUCAGAGCCUUCCUAUAUGGCGGUUGACGCCGGAAUGUACCAGUAUGACGAACCGGAUGGCAGUGAAGUGGAGGUCUAUGACGGAGGCGGUUACGACAUUACGGAUGCUCAAGGGAAUACCCACAUCUACACGGUGCUGCCAUAUUUAGUAGCUUCGGGAGAAUCUGUCGGGUCUGUUCUGAUUGAUGCCAACCUGUCUUCGAAAUCAUGUUCCUUCAUAUCAGCACACGGAUCCGAACUUGGACUUCCGCAUCCAAUUGCCGACACUUCCCCGGGACUGACCUGUAACGACAGUGAUUAUCGGUUCGUUUUUGGACUUCUCUUCUCGGAUGACCAGUCGCCAUUCCUUGUGUGCAAACCUGGAUAUAAGCUCCAAACCGCAAACAUGACGUACUUGUACCAUGUAUCUCCAGAAGCAGGUAGAUGGGCCAUCGGAGAUCUUUACAACGACCGAAGCCUUGACGCCCUCACUACACAAAAUAUAUCCGAUGCAUUCUUCACAACGAUCAAGGGCAUAAACAAAACACAAGUACUGGGUUCCUUAGCACCAGAUGGAGACAGUCGCUCUCUCCAUGACCCCGACGUGCUGAAAGAAACUUUUACCAAUUUAUACGAGUCCACCACUGCACAGAUCGCGAACCGUCACCUUCUCACAAAUAGCCAUGAAGAGUGUAAGGUCAUGGAAACGCAAGCACAGAACAGGCUUCAGCUGCGUGGAUACGCCUUCUGGAUCACCGAGGUCACACUUAUGUCUCUCACGGUCAUUUCUGUUGCUCUUAGUCAUGUCUUCAAGCCGUCUGUCACAUCCAGGGACCCUGGAUCAAUUACCGGGAUUGCAACUAUCCUAGCCCGCAGCGAGGGACUUGCUGACAGCCUGCACGACUCCGGCUUGACCACUCUGAAGACAUUGCAUCACACCUUUUCUGGGGAUAGGUUUCACACAAAGGCCAUUGCUACGAGCUCCAACCCGACAGAGGCAUUUGGUAUUCAUCGGGAUACGAUUUCCGACGCUGAGAAAGCAGAAACGGCCUUGGGCAAGCAAAGCAAUGUCACCUGGUACUACCCGUUCAUUGUCACUGCCCUAGGCCGUUUGUGUAUCAUCGUUGUCGCGGUCCUGAUCAUUGCCACCCUAGAGGCUGUGUACCUGUUCUCCAGCCGACAUGACGGAUUUGCAACAUUCACGAAUUAUCAGUACAAAGAAUACGCUUGGCGACUUAUUCCGGCAACCGUUCUCGUUCUCUACGGCCUUUUUUACAGUGCACUUGACUUCGAACUGAAAACAUUUCAACCUUUCUUGGACCUAAAACGCGGCUCAGCGAAAGGUAGCACGAGCAUCAAUGAGAACUACCUCGGACUUGUUGGCUUUCACGGGCUUUUGACUGCAGCUCGGAGAAAGCAUUGUUGCCUUGUCGCUACCUUUAUGGGCACGUUGUCUACACAAUUCCUCACCAUCAUCGUUGCUGGCCUUUUCACAGCCCAGAACGCCGUUCGUGAAAGGCCGAUUCAGUUGCAACAGCUUGACCAUUUCGAUAUGGGUACAUUCAGUGACGUUGAUCGUGUCAAUUACCAAACAACUGGAAUGAUGGCCGCCACUUUGGUCCUUGAUGAGCGCAUGGAUCUUCCACGAUGGACCUAUGACUCACUUGUAAUUCCUGCAAUGGGCAUACCAACGCACCUGAGUCAUCAAAACAGCUAUCAGACCAUUAGCAUUACUGUGCCUGCAACGCGCGCUGUCGCCAAUUGCACACAGAUUCAGCCUUCGAAAGUCAGCUUCUCGAAUAGCACCAACGCAACAAUCGUAUACUUCGAUAGUAUUUCACCUUGCGGAAACGGAUCCAUAAAGCCUAUCACGAUUGACUCCACAGUUAUUCAAGAGAUUGUCCCGGGAGAGUUUGCAUUUUGGAAUGACCGGAGCGGAGACAUUUAUCACUGCCCUGAAUAUCUCGUUGUCGCCGGCAAUAUGAAGCACACGAACAGCAGUUGGAAGCCACUUGCUCUCUACUGCGAGCCGUACAUAGAAACCCUUGAUGCAAGUAUCGAGCUAACAUACCCCGAUCUGUUUCAAGUCCGCACAUCCACGCCAAUCCUCGAUGAAUCAACCCGCAGGUUCGCCACAACGGCUGAAAUCCCUGGCAUCGGCAAUAACCUCUUUGCUCCAUACACAACGAACUCGGAAACCUUGUCAAAGAACAUAGUCGGGACCUACGAUACGGUAUUCGACUACAAGAUCCAGCUCCCCAACAACGUCACCGUGGACGGCUUCUUCGGCACGAUCCUCGAGCAGGGGACACCGAUCACGGCCCUCACAACCAACAUCUCGCAGCUGGCGUCCGCCGUCGAAGACAUGUAUCCCCGCGUCGUUGCGCAGGUCAUGAACCUAAACCGCGUCACCGCGCCCGACCCCAUCCCACGCAACGGAACCGCACGGUUGGCGAACCAACUCAGGCUCACCCAGAACGCCGUUCCCACACGCAUCCUGCAAGCCCUCCUCGCAGUCAUGGCGCUCAGCACCGCCGCCACCUUCGCUCUCGGUAGCUUGGAACACGUGUUGCCGAAGAACCCGCGCUCGAUUGCAGCGGUGGCUAGUCUUUUGGCAGGAUCGUCAGUUUUGGAGGCGAGGGUCAUACCGCCUGGCUCGGAGUGGUGUGGAGAUAGAGAGCUUGAGCGAUUGGGCUUGUUCAAAGGGCUUAGGUUUAGUAUGGGUUGGUGGGGCAACAGUGACGCAGACGAGAGAGGGCAGGGUGAACGGGAAAGGUUUGGGAUUGAUGUUGGGAUUGCUGAGUGGCAUGAAGUGCGUAAUGAGUAG